GCCGCCCUGGGCCCGCGGGGCGGAGGCGCGCGGGCGGGGCGUGCUCGCGGCGGCAGGUGCGGGCAGCGCGCGGCGGCGGGGGGAGGGAAGCUGUCCGCGCUGCGGGGCCCUCCCCCCAGCCGACUGGGGGCUGCGGCUCUGGGUGUGGGGGCGCUUGGGGUCGCUCGGCGGGGCGGAGGACGACGUGGCGGGGGUCUCCUGGUCCCCACUUGCCUGGAGCGGUGGUCGGGGUUGUCCCCUCAGAGGAGCUCUGCAUGUGAAACAUGAAUUAAUUCAAGGAUUUAGGGGUGGGGAGGCGAGGAGCGUCUUGGCCUGUGCCACCCGCGGGGUUUCUGCAGGGCAGUGGGUCCUCAGCCGUGGGUCCGGGGAAGGCGCGCGCACGUGUGUGUGUGUGUGGGGGGGAGGCAAGCCCCCGAACGCACUGGUAACCCCCUGGGCAGAAUUAGCCUGAGCCAACGCCAGCUUCAGCUCUCUUGUUUGAGCGCCGUGCAAAGGCGAGGGGAGGGGACAGGGCACUGCCACUUUAAAAGUGGGGAAGUCCGCCCUCCUGAGGUAAUGGUAACCUCAGUCUCCUCCCCUCCUCCUGCCGGAGAGAGGGAGAGAGAGAAAACUUGUUUUCAUUCAUAACUUUUUCCUUUUCCUUCCUCUCCGUCAACUAUUUAUUCACCGCUGCUCUCCGUGCGGAUUGCAGAGGGCGCAGCUCCACUGUCGUAACUGGCAAUGUGGCGGCGCUUCCCUGCCACCCGGGGCUGGCUUCUCCCCGGCCCCCGGUGAAUCAAGCUUUUGCUAUAAAGUAAAGGCAGAUAUUUGCUUAUGAUCAGCCAGACGGUGGGCUUGUUUUUGGCCACCGCGUUAACUCUGAAGGCCCUUCAUGAUGUGUUAGAAACCUUGGUGGGCUGCACAGAAAGCGUGUUGGAAAUCCGCGGGGAUCCUUAGGAUGAGAUGAGAUUGUCCGAAGAGGUAUUUUACUUCCAUUCGUGUUUUCUUGGGGAAAACAGUGUGCUGAGAGCAUUGUGAGCGUGUUUGGGGAUGGAUCGAGGACUGUCACUGCUUGAAAUGGGCAGAGGUGGCGAAUUUUUUUCGCUUUUAAUUUUGAUCUGGCAGUUUAAUUUAACAGCAUGCCUGAGCUUCAUUACACCUAUCAUUUAGAAUGCAAAUUUAAAUUGUGCCUGGUGUAUGGGGUUACACUAUUCAAAUCCUUCUUCACGGUUUUGCCUUUCUUUUGAAACCCGACAGUACUUUAAGGAUCCUUUGCUUUCAAAGUAUUGGGUUAAACAGUUCUUCGAGAGGAGCAAUGAUACUAUGCAGGCAUAAGAUGAGAUGUUUUUAAACAGCCCAUAAGGACUGGAGGACUGAAUCCCUGAGGUUAUGAACAUGUUUCUCCUCGCGUGCAGAGCAGGAUUUCAGAUGCAUGGCAGGUCUCCACUGAUUGCCAGAAUUCGAGAUCACUACACAUGGAUCCCCAAAGUCAACAUGGCAGUGGCAGUUCGUUAGUUGUGAUCCAGCAGCCUUCUUUGGAUAGCCGUCAGAGAUUAGACUAUGAGCGAGAGGUUCAGCCUGCUGCUAUUUUGUCCUUAGACCAGAUCAAGGCCAUCAGAGGCAGCAACGAAUACACAGAAGGGCCUUCAGUCGUGAAGAGACCUGCUCCUCGGACAGCACCAAGACAAGAAAAGCAUGAAAGGACUCAUGAAAUCCUACCAAUUAAUGUGAAUAAUAACUAUGAGCAUAGACCUACAAGCCACCUGGGACAUGCAGUACUCCCAAAUAAUGCCAGGGGCCCCAUUUUGAGCAGAUCGACCAGCACGGGAAGUGCAGCCAGUUCUGGGAGCAACAGCAGUGCCUCUUCUGAGCAGGGACUGUUAUUACGGUCGCCACCAACCAGACCAGUCCCUGGUCAUAGAUCUGAAAGGGCAAUCCGGACUCAGCCCAAGCAGCUGAUAGUGGACGACUUAAAGGGUUCCUUGAAAGAGGACCUGACACAGCACAAAUUCAUUUGCGAACAGUGUGGGAAGUGCAAGUGUGGAGAAUGUACAGCUCCCAGGACCCUGCCAUCCUGUUUGGCCUGUAACCGGCAGUGUCUUUGCUCUGCUGAGAGCAUGGUGGAAUACGGAACGUGCAUGUGCUUAGUCAAGGGCAUCUUCUAUCACUGCUCCAAUGAUGACGAAGGGGAUUCUUACUCGGAUAAUCCUUGCUCCUGUUCACAGUCACACUGCUGCUCUAGAUACCUGUGUAUGGGAGCUAUGUCUUUAUUUUUACCUUGCUUACUCUGUUACCCUCCUGCUAAGGGAUGCCUGAAGUUGUGCAGGGGGUGUUAUGAUUGGAUCCAUCGCCCAGGGUGCAGAUGUAAGAACUCCAACACUGUCUAUUGUAAGCUGGAGAGCUGCCCCUCCCGGGGUCAGGGUAAACCAUCAUGAUUUUUGGAGGUGGAUGAUACAUCCUGAACUUCUAGCUUUUAAGUUGUGGCUGUUCAAAAACGAUCCUGUUAGAUACUGAUUUUCUUUUCUUUAGAAUUUUCCAGGUUUCCCACCUUCUCUUUUCCCUGUUCCCAAGGUUUGACUCAUGGAUUUCAUUCUUUUCUCAUGGAUGAUCUUCAAUAAGUGUGGACUGUGAAACUGUACUGGGCUCCCACUUAUGGCUAGAGCCUCUGCCAUCUCCUGGAGAGGAUACUGAGAGCCAGUGGGCUUUGGUGUAGCCUUUUUAUACUGCAAGCAACUUUCCAAAGUUGUUGUAUUCAUGAACAUACACCCACACUCAGACUACAGUGAUUUAGAGCUGUUCUUGGUUGGCUACUGUGGGAGCAGGGAAGUUGAUUUUUAAGGAAGCAACUGUUUAAUUGCUUAAAUAAGCUAUGUAUUAAAUCUGUUUCCAGUUAGGGCUAUUUUCCUAGCAUUGGACCUUUAAGUAGCAUAGUGGAUUUAUUUUUGUUAUAACAUAUAAAAGUUUCCUUUAACCAUUUGCCCUCUCCUUGCCUGUCCCUUAAAACUUCUCUCCCCUCAGUUUUGGCCUUACCUUACUCUGGAAAUGCCGGGUGUUUCUUUCUUUCUUUCUUUCUUUUUUUAAAUUCCUUUCUGUGUUAUUUCAGAUUCGCUUUACAAUGUACAUCUUCACAUUGGAGAUGCGUUUGUUGUAUCUUGCUCAUUUUUACUCUAGCUUUUGUAUUUGUGAAGGACUCAACCACCUUCCUUCCACACCCCCACGCUCUUCACCAAAUUUUUGUUGUCAUUGAGGGCACUUGGAUAACUGACGUUGAUAUUUAUAGCUGAUCAAUCUAUAGGUGUCACAGAACUAUGCUGCCUGAAGUCAUUUUGGCUCCUUAAUGGUCCUUUUGGCCCCUUGGUUAGUUUAACAGCUAACUAAUUCUAACCUUUUCUGUGUUUUCAUUGCCUUAACCACAAUUCGUGGUACUUUUUGUAUAUUGUAUAUAUAAAUCACAAAGUUGAAUUCUGACUAUUUUUAAGACAAAAGUCUGUUAAACUUUUUUAUUGUAAAGAAUAUUUAUUAUGCGAAUCUCUAUUAUUUUAUGAUAUUUAUUGCAAAAGACUGUUGAAAUGUACUCAUGUCUGAAUAUAACGAAAUAUCAAUACUUAUCAGAAAAUAAGGUGACACGAAGAAAGUACAUAUGUUAACUAUAAUGCAGAAAAUAUAUUAAUUAAUGAAA